UAUUAUAUUUUGAUAAUUAUGUAUCUAUCUUAUCGUAUACUUUAUUAAUAAGAAACGACGAAAAUAAAUUUCGAUUUUAAAUGAUUUUUAAUAUAUAAUCACAAGGUAGAUAGAAAAUCACACAAAGUGCAUUAAAUUGUGUAGGCAAGAGAUAAGUAUAUAAGUGCAUAUAAAAAAAUCAUGGCAGGUUUUGGAAGAUUUGUUUCUCAUGGUUCCUGUUCUCAUUUUUUAAAUGCAAGAUCUUCGUUAACAAGCUCUUGUCAAUUUAUAUCAACAAAAACAAAAAAAAGUUUAGAAAGAGAUUUAUUUCCGGAUAAACCAAAAAGACCAUUAACGCCAUUUUUUAAAUAUAUGAAAAUAAUGAGACCAAGCAUUGUCAAUGAAUUUCCAGAAUAUAAAUCUGCUAAAAUUGUAAAAGAGAUAUCUGCAAGGUGGGCUUUAGAAGAUCCUGAAUAUAAAUUUAAGUUAAAUAAAGAAUAUGAUACAGAAUACAAAGAAUAUAUGAUGAAAGUAAUAGAGUAUGAAAAAUCAAUUACGCCAGAACAAAGAGAACAAUAUAUGCUGAUAAAAAAAAUGAGUGAUAAAAAAAAAGAAUACAAAGAUGUUAAAUUAUUUGCUAAACCAAAAAAACCACCUUCAGCUUUUAUAUUAUAUAUGGUUAGUAUGAUGAAAACAAAAAAUUCUACCAUCAAAAAUAAGGAAUACGUAAAACAGCUAAGUAUUCAAUGGAAAGCUAUGAAUGAACAAGAUAAAAAACAGUUUAUGAAUCAAGCAGUGAAAUUAAUGGAUCAAUAUAAUAAAGAGAAAGAAGAAUGGAAUCAAAAGAUAACAAAAGAGAUUCAAAAUAAAGAUAAAAAUAUAUAGGAAAUAAUGUGCCCCACCCAAUCUAAUGAUAAAGUUUUAAAUAUCACAUUAAUUCCUUUAAAAGUAUUUAAUAAGGACAUUAUGGGUCGGGGCACGAAGAUUUCUGACUUUUCAAUAAAUAUUUCAAUUUAUGAAUAUUUUAUCGGACAGAACUCAAUAAUUUAUAAAUAUUUUCUGAGUCGUUCUCAGUUUCAUCAUAAUCUGUAUUCUAUUUCGUUUUAUAUGGUUAAAUCCAGUGUUAUUAAAAAUGAUUUGAUGACUCAUCCCCAUGAAAAUUAUUUAUUAAAUGUAGAUAAAUAUAAAAAUGCUGCUGCAUUGAUAGAUUAUCUAUCAAGUAAUAAUAACAAGAUACUGUCUGACUCUGAUGCAAUUAUGAACAAUGUAAAAGUACAUAUUUCUAAAUCUGAAAAGCAAAAUGAAAAAUUAGAAUUUAAUAUGAAAACACUGAAAUAUUUAACUAAAAAUUGGGACACAGUAAAGAAUUUGUUGUAGACAUAUAUAAAAAUGAAGAAGCAGAAAUUACAAAUUUGUCUAUGUGAAAUUAUAUCAAAUGAAGACGCAAAUGGAGACAAGCACUAAAAAUAUCUACAUUACAAUAUGUAUACAGAAUAUUUAUAACAUAUAAAAUUUAAUAUAUGUUAUCUAUUGCUUAUACAUAAUAUACAAACGUCUUAUUUUGAGAAGUGUGGCAAUAUUACAGGAGAUUCAAUAUAAGCAAUAUAUUAUUGAUGUAUUCAAUAUUUGUAUUAUGAUAAUUAUUCACGAACUUAUCAAAUAUUCAAUGUUUAUAAUGAUAAAAUUUUAUUUUCCCAGA